AACUCAUUGAAUGCAACCCUGGAAAAUUUCGAUUGAUGCGAGCAUGGGCCAUCACCUCCUGAUAUACUAACAAAAACCACGCUGCACACGUGCUAAUUGAUAAAUUGAUAAUGUCACAUUCAAAGUUGUUCUGAUUUGGUAUAUCUUGAAUGUAAACAGGUAAUAAUACUUAUUCAAUUGUUGUUGUUUAUCAAGAUCGAUUUUCCAUAUAAAAGAGGAGCACUUAGUAAGUGAACAACAGAACCUCUUAUUUUAUACACUUCAAAAUGUUAUCCAGAAAACAUUUGCUGCUACUCUUGAUAAUGGUCAAUUAUGACCUAACCUCUAGUGCGGUAACGCUAGAGGUGGACGUCAAAUCGAAUGUUCAUCCGAUCUCGCCGUACAUAUACGGCACGUCAUUCUUGAACGACGUUGAGUUCGGCAGAGAGAUCAAACUGUCGGUCGACAGAUUUGGAGGCAACGCCGCCACCAGGUACAACUGGAAGAACGACGUGACCAACCGCGCGUCCGAUUGGUUCUUCGAGAAUAUAGCCGAGGACAACACAAAUCCGGAGGCUCUUCCCGACGGUUCUACGAGUGACGAGUUCAUUGAGAAAGACAAGUCAUUCGGAGCACGUACCAUGCUUACUAUUCCGCUUAUCGGCUGGGUGCCAAAAGACAGAAACAGUAGCUGCGGCUUUAGCGUCAGGAAGUACGGUCCUCAGCAGCAGACCGACCAGUGGAGGCCCGAUUGCGGUAAUGGCAGGAAGACCAAUGGUACGACACUGAUUACAGGCAACGACCCGACCGAUACCUCAGUCAAGAUCAACAGCACGUUUGCCAAGGAGUGGGUUCAGUACUUGAUCAAGAAGUAUGACACCGCAGACCAGGGCGGAGUGCUCUUCUACGAGAUGGACAACGAAUACGACCUGUGGCACAGUACCCACCGGGAUGUCCAUCCGCAGCCAGCCUCAACCGAUGAGAUCAUUAAACUCACUGAGGAGUACGCGCUGGCCGUCAAAGAAGUCGAUCCAUCCGCUUUGACUCUCGGACCAGUGGGGUGGGGAUUUUUAUCGUUUUUGCGCUCGGGCCUGGACUUUGCCAAUGGGACUAAUAUAGACAGGGAGAGGCACGAAAACAUGGAUUUUGUACCCUAUUAUCUGAAAACGAUGAAGCAGCUGGAAUCUAAUCACUCAAUACGACUGCUUGAUUACCUCGACCUUCAUAUGUACCCACAAGCGGCCAACGUGUUCAGUGACAGUACAGACCCGGAGGUAAUGGCAGUGAGACUCAGAUCAACUCAGGCUCUAUGGAACGCUAAUUACACAGACGAAAGCUGGAUCAAGGACCUGGGCGAACCGAAUAACCGGAUACAACUGAUCCCCAGGAUGAAGCAGGCUAUCCAGACUUACUAUCCAGGUACCAAAAUAGCUAUCACCGAGUACAGUUGGGGCGGCUUGAACAGUUUGAACGGCGCCCUCGCUCAGGCAGAUGUACUUGGUAUUCUGGGAAGGGAGGGCGUUGACCUGGCUCUCCUCUGGGGAUCGCAAAAUGCCUCCGAGCCAUGGGGGUAUGCUUUCAGGGUGUACCGCAAUUACGACGGAAACGGCUCUCAGUUCGGUUCAACCAGUGUUAGUGCAAAAUCGAGUGACGAACAGCAGCUUGCAAUUUAUGCGUCGAUCCGAUCGUCAGACAAUAAGUUGACUAUUAUUGCCAUUAACAAGGACCCUACCAACGAAAUUGAUACGAAGAUCGAAAUCAAGAACUUCGACCACUCGGCCAGUACUAAGGUCUAUACGUACAGUCGGAACAAUCUUACUAAGAUUGUGGAAAGCGUUACUACUGCUGCCAACAAUAGCAUUGAAUAUAAAUUCCCCGCUUAUUCGAUCACAUUAUUCGAAGUUGCUGGAAAAUGAUUUAGCAUGUGUUAGUUGAAAACAAUUAUUGCCGAUGUUCGUAUUAUUGAAUAGAACUAUCUAAACAAUACCUCAAAUGAUAUUAUAAAAAUAAUUUUCAUGUUAACAGUUAUCUAUAAUAAUAAACGUGAUAUCACUAACUUAAUGAUUCAACAGGCAUUUCAAUUUUUUUUCUUUAAUAACACUUAAUACUUAAAUAACCUAAAAAAUUAAGAGAAAUGAUUAUAGAGUAAAUU